CCUUUUCAUUCACCUCUGCAUUUCCUUUUCUUCCUUCUCAACAAAUACUCGUACUGAUGAAGUUACAGUAGAGAAACAAACAAAAACAUAUAAAUAAAAAUUAUAUCAAUCAAAUUCAGCCUAUUUUGUGAUCUGUCUACGUUUAAUCAUGGCGGUUGAGUUAUUGGGCUACACAAAUCUCAAGGAGCAGAUGGCCAUUCAGGAAGCCACCUCAGCCGGGUUGAAAUCCAUGGAGCAUUUGAUUCGAACAGUUUCUCAUCAACAGCAGCAGCAGAUGUGCCAGAGCCAGCAGCUCGACUGCCGGGAAAUCACUGAUUUCACCGUCUCCAAGUUUAGGAAGGUGAUUUCCAUCCUGAACCGGUCCGGACACGCUCGGUUCCGCCGGGCUCCGGUGCAGCCUCAGCCGGAUACCGCUGCCUUCAACCCGGUUCAGCACCACAAGCUGCCUUCAGUCUCGGCUCAACCUCCGACGAUUCCGACUUCUGGAGUUUACCAGCCUCAGCCUCAGCCUCUGAACAUCUUCUCUCUUUCCCCAGCUCCGUCCGUCGCUGAAGCGCAGGCGCAGGCGCCGGCAGCAGCUCCGUCUCUGACACUUGAUUUCACCAAGCCGGGUGCUGUUUUCGGUAAGGAUGGGGGCGAGAAGAUGGGUAAAGAGGGGUUCAGUUUAUCGGCGGCGUUAUCGACCUCCGGGAACUCGUCUUCGACCUUUUUGUCCUCCAUUACGGGGGAAGGAAGCGUUUCCAACGGAAAAGGUGGUCCGUCGUCGAUGUUUCUUGCGCCGGCGAUCUCCGCCGGAAAACCGCCGCUCUCCGGCAAAAGGUGUCUGGAGCACGGGCAUUCCGAUAGCAUGUCCGGGAAAACCUCUGGCUAUACCCGGUGUCACUGCAAAAAGAGGAAAUCCAGGGUGAAGAGGACUAUCAGAGUUCCGGCGAUAAGCUCGAAGGUCGCCGAUAUCCCGGCGGACGAGUACUCGUGGAGAAAAUACGGUCAGAAGCCAAUCAAGGGCUCGCCAUACCCACGGGGUUACUACAAGUGCAGUACGGUGAGGGGUUGCCCGGCUAGGAAGCACGUGGAGAGGGCAACCGAUGAUCCAACGAUGCUGAUAGUGACGUACGAGGGGGAGCACAGGCACACGCAGGGCGCGAUGCAGGAGAUCCCUGCCGCACCAGGCGCAACACCGGCCCAGUUAGUGGUGUUCGAGUCAUCAUGAGUUGACAGAGGUCUCUUUUUGUAAUUUCGAGGGAGAUGGAGGGGUUGUUUUGGGAGAGAGAAAUUGAGUAGGGUGGAGCCAUUUUUAGAAAUUUUAGAAAAUUUGGGGGUGGGUUUGUAAAUUUGGUAGGAGUAGAGCCUAGAUUCUGCAAAGGGAAAAGAAAAAUAUAUGUUUGAACUUUGAGUAAUGUUGUUGCUUUCUUUUAAUUUAUCCGAUGACUUUUUUUAUUUUUUACCUUUAUUAUCUGUUAGCUUUGGAUCCUCAUGUUUGAAAUCCGAGCCGGGUUGUCUUUUUUUGUUUGAUUGUUUUUGGCAGGAAUAGAAUAUAAGAAUUGAAUUGUUAGUGGGAAAAGAAGGAAUUAAAGAAAGUUUGGUUUGAAAAAGUCAAAAAGGUUGUGAAAUUAAAAAAUGAAA